AUGAUGUUUGACCAGAAAGAGAGGACCACAUUUCUGGGCAGCAGGAAAGACUACUGGGACUAUUUCUGUGACUGCUUGGCCAAGAUUAAAGGAGCUAAUGACGGCAUUCGCUUUGUCAAAUCAACCCCCGAGCUGAAGACAUCAUUAGGGAAAGGACGGGCUUUCAUUCGCUACUGUCUGGUGCACCAAAGGCUGGCAGACACUCUUCAGCAAUGUCUUAUGAACUACAAAACCACAUGUGAGUGGUAUUAUGAACGCAGUCCCUUCCUGAAGUCCCAUCUGAACAUUGAUCUCAUCAACCACCUGUAUGAACUCAAUGAGGUCCAGUUUGAUGUAGCAUCCCGAGGUCACGACCUUGACUCUGACUGGCCCACUUUUGCUAGAAAGACUCUGGGAUCAGCUAUCUCACCUGCCCAUGCGUGGAAACCACCCAGUCGCUGCUCUAGUGUCAACAGUCUGGUUAGCAGUUACUCACAGCAAGCUCAAGAGUUUCUUCCAGGCCAAGAUUUUGGCUCUAGUCUUCUAGGUGAUCUCGGGGAAUUAGGUGAGUUGUCCUGUAGUGCUACUGAGGAUCUGCGCAUUGAGCUCGACCAGUCAGAGUUGAAACAACAAGAGCUCCAAGAGAAGAUCAGGCAACUCACCAGUGAAGCAGCUGAUCUGAAGGCCGUGGUCAAAGACCUACAGGAGCAACUCUUGGCUAAAGGUCCUAAUCAAGAGAAAGAAGAAGAUCAGGAGGUGGUGAAAGCUGUUAGAGAGUGCGCAGAUCACCUCCAUACCACCACACAGGGACUGGAGGUUCUACGGACAUCAGAACGCAACCUAGAAGCCAAACUGAGCAUUGCGGAGAACAGAAACAUGGAGUUGCUAGCAAAACUCGACGGAGCUCUGAGCGAAAAAGGACAGCAGGCCACCAACUACUGCGACUCGGCCUGGAAGAUCCAAGAGCUCCUGACCAAGCUAAAGGUGGCAGAGGAAGAGAGGAUUGAGUGUAAACGAGAAAGUGAAAAUCGGGCGAGACUAGCUGAGCAACUUGCCCAGGAGCUGAAGCUUCAGGAAGAGAAAUUAAAGGAGAUGGAAAACAAACUGGACACUUGUAGAGUGUCUGCCGACAAAGAACGAACAACCGCAAUGCAGCAGACUGAUGAGCUGCAGAUGACCAUCAACCGCUUUCAAGGAGCACAUUCUCUGAAGGAGCGGGAAACGGGGAACCUACGGACUCAGCUGCAGGACAUGCAGAGAGCACUGGAGACCAAGGACGGUCAACUGGAGGAGCACAAGAAAAGGAUAGAAGAGGAGCUACAACAUAAAAGUGUGCUUGAAGAACAACUAAAUGCAAAGAUGACUGAGUUGUCCUCCGUUGCCCAAAAGAUCCGGCAACUGGAGAAUCUAAACCAGCGGUUGACUUCGGAGAGUCAGAGCUUCCAAAUGCAAGCCAAGAAACUGGAAGAGUACAAGAACCAGUGCACAAGUUUAAUGGAGAUCAAUGCCAAGCUGAUCCAAACGGUGAAGAGAAAUGAAGAGAGCAGCAAGGAGCUGGUGCAAGCCAACAACAAUCUAGAGAGAGAACUGAUUUCCACACAGGCCUCUGAGAAGCAACUGAGAACCAGAUUAGAGUCAGCUGGAUUGACAGUGGAGAACCAAAAUCUUGAGGAGUGCAUACAGAACUGCCAGGUGAACAGCGAGGAAACCAAAAUCGAACAACUUGGAGAGAAUAGUAUAUUAAGCCAGGAAGAACUAAAUGAGAGAGCUACAGUCCCCCAGGGGAACAUGACGACGACUUCUAGUCUCCUUCGGGAGGCUAAUGAAUCCUCAAGAACUGAUAAUGGAGAAUCCACUUCUAGGUUGGCUCUGGCUGAGGCCCAACUUGAACUCAACAUGAAGGAGGUUUCCAGACUCCAGGAAGAGGUCAUGGAGCUCCGGGCGCUGCUAUUGGUGAGCUCAGAGGAGAAAAUAAAGAUCCAGGCUCUGCAGGAAGUGACGGAAGCCUCCAGAGAAGAUCUCCGGGCUCAGGUGGAGCAACUAAAGUCCCAGGUGGAAGAGCUAAACCGUAGGCAUGUGGAGGAACUGCUGCGUUGCCGAGAAAGAGAAGACUCUCUGGUAAAGGAGAGAGAUAUGGAGGCCCAUGUGCGGGCAGAAAUCCAAACGAACCUGACUGCCGUGAGGGAAGAGCUUCACAUAUUGAAAACGCAGAACAGCACGUUUGCGCUUGAGAACGGAGAGGCUCGUGAGGACUUACACAGGGCCAACACUGAGACAGCAGAGCUUGGGGUUCACGUUUGCAUGCUGACAGGACAGAACGAGGAGUCUCAGUUGCGAUGGGAAGAGCUUUCUACCAAACUGCAGGAGCUACAGAUGGAGGCGCAGGAAGAGGUGGAAACUCUAAGUGAUUCAAUGGAGGCCUUGAGAAAAGAUAAUGCAAGACUCCAAGAGCAGCUAAAGCAGACUGAAGGACUCCCAGAAGUCAUGCAGAAGUUGCAGGAAAGACUUGAACAGGUGGAAGAAGAAGCCAAAAGCGUCCAAAAGAUACGACAAAGGGAAGUGGACACACUGAGGUCCCAGUUGAGCGAUGAAGCUGCGCACCAUCAGAAUGAAGUGCAGGGUCUAAAUGAGGAACUGGAUGCACUGAGGAAGAGGCUGGAGAAUGAAGUCGAGAAAGUCUCAUGUCUUGAGUCCAAAGUUUUGGAGCUUGAGUCUGCCAACAGUGAUUACAGUCAGUUGAUCGAAAAGAAAAAUGCCCUCUUCGGUGAUUCUGAAACUAUAAUUAAUCAGAAAGAGGAACAGAUAAAAGGCCUUAGAGUGGACUUAACAAGAGCUGAGGAGGAACUGGCUCUUACUCAGCAGUCCUGUAAUGAACUGGGUGUAAACUUAAGCAGAAGUGUGAUGGAGAAGCAAGCCAUUGAACUGAAGAUGUCUGCUGAGAUAGAUGACCUUUAUCGUACCAAAAAGAAUCUGGAAGAGAGGCUCAUUGAGCUCAUAAGGGACAAAGAUGCUUUAUGGCAGAAGUCUGAUGCACUGGAGUUUGAACAGAAACAGAGGGCUGAGGAACAGACAGACAGAGACGUCACAUACUGUCUGAGCUGCCGCAACCACUUCACCUGGAUGCUGCGCAAACAUAGCUGCAGGUCAGGGAUCUCCUCUAGAGCAGUGAUGUUUUGGGGCUGGCUGUCUGUGCCGUUCAGUGUGGAGGACGUGGUUCAGUUUGGCGAUAAGUCCAGAGAACUCUUCAUCAGGUCCAGCUGUUACAGUGUCAUUCUCAUAACCGCUGCACAUCCGGGUCUUACGAUCAGCUGGGUCUUCUCUUCUGAACCCAAGAGCAUCGCCUUCAUGGUGGUGUACAGAGAGAACCUAGAUACGCCUCCAGAACAGGCUAAGGUUCUGAUCCCUCUGACAAGAUGUAACUCUCAUAAAGAAACAAUUCAGGGUCAACUGAAGGUCAGGAACUCUGGAGAAUAUACUCUUGUCUUCGACAACUCCUUCUCAAGGUUCCUCUCGAAGAAAGUCCAGUACAAACUGAGUAUAGAGAAGCCAGAGGUCUGCAAUGGAAGUGAUUGUUCUUCAUAGGAAAUCGAAUCACGCACACUUGUGUCUGUACCAGGUCACGGGACGGCUUGUCCAGGAAUAUGGCUGUUUAUCAAGCCCAACUUCUAAUGCUGCUUUCAAUGAUUUACGUGGUGAAUCUCACAAAACAUGUCUAAAUCUCACAGUCAAAUGAAAGAAAUGAGAAAUUAUACUUUAUAAUGAAAUAAAAUACAUUUUAAGACAUUAUCUUCUCCAUGAAUCCCUUAUCCUAUUUCAUGCAAAAAUCAAAUUUUU